CGGAGAUACAGAAUUUGCUUGAAAAGGGGGCAAUCCAAAUCCAAAUCCCACCUAUUUCAAUCUGAAAAGCGAGUUCCAUGGGAAUUCAAAAUUCUACAAGUAUUAGAUUUCGUGUUGGGAUCACAAUCAAACCUUAAUAAGUUUCAUUGCAAAAUUAUUGUUUGUUUUGGAGAACUCUCAAUAUUUCCCUUUCUGAUAUCGACCCUUUAGGUUGUUCCAUUUUUUAAUUUUCAAUUAGAAGAUCAAUCAAUCAAUCAAUUCUCCUUGUAACCCUUAAUUUCCCGAACUAAUUCUUUCCCUCUCUAUCGUUUCUUGUCAGAGAGGUGUAGUCGAAGCUCGACUGCGGCCAUGGCUAAAAGCUCUUUCAAGCUGGAACAUCCUUUGGAGAGGAGACGAGCAGAAGCUGCUCGCAUUAGGGAGAAGUAUCCUGAUAGAAUACCCGUAAUUGUGGAAAAAGCUGAAAGGAGCGAUGUUCCUGAUAUUGAUAAGAAGAAAUACCUUGUGCCAGCUGAUUUGACUGUGGGGCAGUUUGUAUAUGUUGUCCGGAAAAGGAUUAAGCUCGGAGCUGAAAAGGCUAUAUUUGUGUUUGUGAAGAACACUCUACCUCCAACUGCUGCAUUGAUGUCUGCAAUAUACGAGGAAAACAAGGAUGAAGAUGGUUUCCUUUACAUGACUUACAGUGGGGAGAAUACCUUUGGAUAUGAUCAAGGGCAAUAGAAUCUAUCUAAUGAAACCUCGAAGAUGUAAAUACUCAGCAACCCUUUAAGUUUAAUGCCCUGACAAGCUUAGCUGUUCUAUUUAUUAGGAUUUUAUGUCGUUUAAGGUACUAGAAGAAGUUUAACUUCACUGCUUUUAUUGCUAAUAAAAUGAUCUUAUUUUUCCAUUA